GCCCCUCCUCGCGUGCCCUCCCCCUGCUCUCCCCGUGGCGGGUCAGCGCUGUCCGGGGCCGUGCGUGGGAGGGUCUCGGCCCGAAGCAACCUGUAGCCCAGGAAGUUAAUCAAGGCCCACCUGGGACGGAGAUUCGCGUUAUGUUUUAUGUUGUACAUCUUGAGAAUAUCCGUCAUCCUCCCGGUCCACAACGCAGAACUGUGGUUGGAUGAGUGCUUGGAGUCUGUUUUGCAGCAGGACUUCGAAGGCGCCAUGGAGCUCUCGGUUUUUAAUGAUGCCAGUAAGGAUAAGUCUGCGGCUAUCAUUGACAAAUGGAAGGUGAAGCUGGAAGGUUCUGGCAUCCCCGUCGUCAUUGGAGGGCACGAUUCUACUUCACCCCGAGGAGUCGGAUAUUCUAAAAAUCAAGCAAUAGCACAGAGCUCAGGAUCGUACCUUUGCUUUCUGGAUUCAGACGACGUGAUGAUGCCUCAGAGGGUGAGGCUACAACUGGAAGCUGCAGCCCAGCACCCAACAAGUAUUAUAGGUUGCCAAGUAAGGAGAGAGCCCCCCGACUCCACUGAGCGAUACACACGGUGGAUCAACCAGCUAGCGUCGGACCAGCUUCUUACUCAGGUGUUUACCUCCAAUGGCCCAACCGUGAUCAUGCCCACCUGGUUCUGCUCUCGAGCGUGGUUUUCCCACGUGGGCCCAUUUGACGAGGGCGGGCAGGGUGUGCCCGAGGGCCUGCUGCUCUUCUACAACCACCUCCGAAAGGGCGGCGGGGUCGUCCGCGUGGACCGGAGCCUUCUCCUCUACCGCUACCACCCGAAUGCCGCCACCCGCUCGGUCCUCGAGACCACCAUCUGGACCCACCGUGUCCGCUUCCUGGAAGAACGGGUCCUGCCGCACUGGGCAGCUUUCACCAUCUGGAACGCGGGCAGGCAGGGCCGCCGGCUUUAUCGCAGCCUGACAGCCGGGGCACGAUGCAAGGUGGUUGCCUUCUGUGACGUGGACGAGAAGAAGAUCAGGAAAGGCUUCUAUUGUUAUGAGGACUCUCAGGAAAGGCCUAAGCCUCGGGUUCCAAUCCUGCACUUCCGAGCUGCCCGACCACCCUUCGUCAUCUGCGUGAAGCUGGACCUCACCGGGGGUGCAUUUGAGGACAACCUGAGGUCACUGCACCUGCAGGAAGGCCGGGACUUCCUUCACUUCAGCUGACGGGCCCAUGGCAGCUGCUCAGGGGGUCCGAGAGGGUGUGGUAUCAGGUGCAGCCCACGAAGGUAAACGCUCCCACAAGUCGGCAGCUUAGCCCAGGCAAGAAAACAGCACCCAGCGCUGCCAGGACCCAUCAGGUCCCUCGGUCCCCGUCGCCACACACGCCCGCGAGGGCAGCUCAGUCCCCGGCACAGACACCAUCCAUCCUCAGUUCCGAGCACAGCACAGCCACCACCUUCGCCUCAGAUAUGGGUGGCAGCUCCUGAGUUCUGCUUUUACCACCCGUGACACUGCGUCCAGGCCUCAGCCCAUGAGACAGCAGACAAGGCGCGGCCACGUGGGCCCUGAGGGGACGAACCUUCGUGCACAUCAGCCUUACCAGCCUUGAGGUUAGGUCUGCUCGGCCACUAGAGAGAGGCACUUUCUCAGAACAGACGAAUCAGCUGUGGUACUCCCCACACGUCACCAGAGAACCCGACAGCCCAGAACACACACUUGGUGAGUUGUCCGCCCGCGGCAGGUGCUGGCGGAACCCCACACCUGCCUCUCUGUCGGGUCCCUAACUAGCGACCACAGUGCCUCUCCUGUGGGGUCACGGCCUGUCUCCGGCAGGAUUCUUUGGUUGCACAAAACUGAGGGGUCGGUGACCACGUGCAAUGCCCACAUCACUGGGCAGACAACAGCGGGGGACAGGAGAGAAGGCAGCGCGCCUGCCACUUGGCGGUUCCUCUGGCCCAGCUGGGCCUGGCCACCCUGCACCCCACAGCCGCCCACAUCAGUGUCAGACAAUGGAGACACAGAGCUGCUUAGGACGUGAUUUUAUAGACGGGGGGUUCCCACGGACAUGAAGACAAAAACACGUGAGGAAAAGCCCCCACUGUGGUGACGAGCUCCAAGUCCCUCGGCGCCGCGUCCCGGUGUCUCAUGCUGACCGUCAUCGGGCUCCUCCUCCCUGCCAGGUGGGCAGGGGACCUCAGCGGGUACCAGGCUGUGGGGGACACAGCACAGGGUCAGACCAUCAGCACUGUCCCCCCUCCCCGCCGGGCCCUGGGUGGCAGCAGGGAGGUCCCCGGUACUCUGCCCCACCUUCAUCCACCCGUGCAUCAGAUGUUCCUGAUAAAAGCAUAAACGGCACGUUUACUUGGAAAGCAACGCUAUGCUUGGCUUGCCAUCCCCACCCCUCACGGUGCCACCCGGGGGCCCGAGAGAAAGGUGGGCACAGCCACCACACCGAGUGGCACUGGAAAGGAGGCAGGAAAACCAUCCCAGAAAUAACAGCAUGAUUCCAGGUGCCCAGAGGGGAGACUGAAGAGCUGACAGGACACAGGAAAGAGGCUUCUCGGAAUACCGGCAGGGGGUCGCGUGCUGGGACAGUGCCUGGUGCCACCCUCCCUUCACGCAGCCCUGCUCUCGCGGUCCUCACUGGCAGACUCGCAGGAAAACUAUAAACACUUCUUGAAUCCACGUGAAGACAAGAGGAGAAAACCAUGAGAUCAGACAAGAAUCAAAGAUGGCAGACGUAAACCCGACCGAAUCCCUAAUCACACGUUAAAUGGGACACAAAACACUCCGACGAAUUAGAUUAAAAACAGGUAAGACCUAAGAUCCACUUAAAUGUACGGAAACACAGAAAGGAAAAGGCGUAAACGACAACCAAAAAUCCAGUGUGACCCACGACCAUCAGACAAAGUAGACUCGAGGGCACGGAGCGUUCUUACACGUAAAGAACAUUUCCAAGUGGUGGUCAGCUCACCAGGACGGUGGCACAGACGUAAGCCCACGGGCAUCCGGUGCCACUGCGUGCCACACUGAGAAGACAGAAUGAGGAGAAGGCAGGUAGGUUUGGGAAGCCCUGAGGGCAAUCGAGGAACCGCAGCAUGUUCUCAGCCUCAUCAGAGGAUGGAGGCCCCCCCAACACUGAGAUGGACAAAUGCAGACUCUGCCUGGAGCAGAGGCCGCCGCAACUCCCCACAGAGCGGAAGGCAUGCCUGAGUGCCGAUUCAGCAAGCUGUUGGAGGUGGGUGUGAGCUAGCAGGAGGGCGAGACUGUGGAGGUGCCAUCUUGGGGGGACCCUCCAGGAACCCGCAGGUUCACCUGGUCACAAACCUGGAAAGCCCCCUGCACUCUGGUGGGUGACUGCUGUGAGUCGCACCCAGGCGUCUCCAGCACAAGGGUCUCCUCUCCAGGGGAGAGACGUGCCUGAGCCCAUGUCACCUGCCCGGGGAUGGCAGGGAGCCCAACUUAGGUUUGCUCAGAUGACUGCAAACUGCCCCACGUUCUGCCACCUCUCUUGCAGGACUCCAGGGUCAUGGCCGUGGGUUCUCUCUCAGAGAGCACCCAGACACCGAAGCUCGGAGGGGGACAGUGCAGGGACGCCCCAGGCAAGAGCACAACGGGCUGGAGAAGUUCAAAGCUCUGGGGGCUGCAGCAGUACCGAACACACAGGGGGUCCCUGCCGGACACACACAGACCUUCACAAACCUGAGGCCCAUUUGCCUCAGUUCCUGUGACCAACACAACAUAUCUGGCCUUCAACAAAAACUCACAAAACCUGCCAGAGGCAAGAAAAUCAGUUGGGAGAGAGACGGCACCAAGAUCAAAACCAGACUCAGACACAGCAGAGUUGGAAUAGUCAGAUGGGGUUUAAAACAAGUAUCAUUAAUGUACCAGGAGCUCUGAUGGGGAAAGUGGGUGCCACCAAGGACAGAUGGACAGAGAAAGCAGGACCAGAAAGUCUUAAGAAUCAAAGAAAACGCCAGAAAUCAGAAGCACAGUAACAGAAAUGAAGACUGGACACAGGGAAAGAAUCUGAAGAUUGGUCAAUAGAAACUUCCCAAACUGAAAUGCCAAGAGAGAAAAGAAUGGAAAAACAGAAGAAUUCCAAGAGCUGUGGGACAGCUACAGAAAGAAGCGUGGCAUCCCUUCUCCAAGCCAUAAAGCACAAAGCGCUCCUUUGUGCUCGAGGCUGCAAGACUCGGCACCACAGACGUGGGUCCUUGCCAAGUAGACCCAGAGGCUCCAAGCCACCCUCGGCCAGAUGCCUGGCGGGUUCUGCGGUGCGAACUGACGAGACUGUCCUGCAGGGGUUUCUGAAACCCGAAGGGUAAGAGUCAAGAUGGUCUCAGAAAAAUAAAACUGGAGACGGAGACACGUGAGCGCCACGACAUCCCACAAGACCCACACCCGUGUCUGUGGCUUUCAGACAGAGGACAGAGGACCCAAGACGAGAGCCACACAUGUGGCCCAACUUUGGCCAUGGUGACAUUGUGGCCAGAAUGGAGCUGCAUGGACUGCACACAGAACACACCUGCGGGUCUCUCCCCGGCACCACAUGCAAACACCAGUCCAGAGGGGCCUCAAAUCUCAAUGUAGGCAAUGAAACAAUAAAGCUUUUGAGAAACACCCAGGAAACACAACCCUGGAAUCGGUAAAGACCUUAAACAGGCCCUUAAUUAUACAGAAUAGAAAGGGUAAGUUGGAACAUAUGAAACCUAAGGAUGACAGAGCCGCCCCCAGAGAGGGAGAUCCUGGCAGACACAGUCCAGAACCCAUACGCAUCAGACAGCCCAGAAAAAGCAGAGAAGGGGACGCACACACCAACCACCACGACACACGGCACACGCAAUGCAAGCACGUUCUGGAAUCUGCUCGCCAGCGUCUGGGGCUGCAGCCCUCUAGCCCAGCAGGAGCAAGCGCUGCCAGCAGCCCGCCCGGGAGGCUCCACCUUGAGCCAGGUGCUCAUCCCGCGUGUGCACAAAGCUGGACGGCACGCACUCCUGUGUGUUCUUGCUCGGUUAAAGCUCAGAAGCAGUCAGGGAUCAAACCAGGUCCAGCGGAACAGAGCCACGACAGGGCAGGAUCAGGAACGUGGGGCCGAGGAACUGCCUCUGUGCCCAGCCGUCACAGAACACGCUGCCGUGCUCUGCGCUUGAGGUCCAGUGGAGCCCACAGCCUGAGUCCAUCCUGAUCCCCUGCAAGCACACACGCAAGAGCCGAAAAUGUCCGGACGGCCACAGAGCCUGGAAGGACAGCCAGGGGCCCUGCGAUCUCAGAAAACCGCAGCUACAGUGUGCACACCAAUGCCGUGGAAAAGACUGACACCUCACUGGGCAGCCCUGGAGACCCCGGGGGGUGACAGCGUCUCCAGACAGGACGAGCAUCCAGGGAGGUGGUGAUGGUGGAAACCAGACAGCGGCACCGAGGACCUCAGUGAAAGGAGCGAGCUGCGUCACUGCCGAGGGCGGGCAGCAUAGGAUGGCCACCCGCCAGGCAGAGGGCCUGUCCUGGACAUCCUGCCCACAGGACACACCUGACACGUGUCCGGUGGGGACAAGGCACGCAGGAGCCUUUGGGGAGGAGCCGGCAAAGCACACAAGGGGCAGGCAGGGUGGGGAAAAGCACCAGCCGCCCGGUACAACCGGAAUGUUCCAGACUCGAGCUCAGAAUGCUGGCUCACGGGAGCUGCACUUAGAGGUCUCACGUGGAAAGGGCCCCCAGGUCUCAUGUGGCCACGGGCCAUGCAGUUACCUUGGGGACCAGCUGAGGUCUGGGCACGCCGAGGAGGUCACACAGGCGGUUCCUCUGGCCUCUCACAAGCGGGAGCUCUGCGUCCCUGGGGGAAGAGAGGACGAGAGCAGCUUCAGCGGCAGGGACGGCUGGCUCGCGGUUAAACCUGUUGCAAGCUACAGGCUCUCAGGCAACUCCGCGCUGGGUGCGCAGGACCCCAGCAUCUUAGCUUCGGGGGAGACCAGGGAAAACGGCACCAGGCAAACCCUCGCUUGGGCAUGAGUGCUGCACACAGCCCUUGCUCCUGGCGCGCUUCUGGGGAAACUAUGGAGGAGGAGCCCCCAAAAGAGGGGCGCCCCACGGGGAGGUGUGGCCCCGGAUGGGCAGCCCGCAGACUGACAGGAAACGCUGAGACUCGGAAAGGUGGGGUAGGUGGGUUUUCAAAGUUUUGACUUUGAAAGCUGUUUAUCACUUUCAUAAAAAUAAAUAUUACCUUUUUCUUUUAGAAUAAGAAAACAAA